UGGCCUCGCAGCCAACUAGAUUACGGCCUGAACAGGCAACAACAAACAUGGCGGCGGAUCCGGAGAGGAGCUGGACGGAGGAGAAAGAGAGGGCUCUCAUUGCGUUUUUCUCCAAGAACAGCUGUUUGUGGAACUACAAGUCUGAGGACUACAAGAACCGGGAUCUGCGAUGGAAAACCCUGGAGCGCCUCCGGAUCCUGCUCUCCUCCCAGCCGCCUCCCGUUCCGUUCACAGUGGAGGACAUCAAGAACAAGUUUAAGAACCUGCGUACGACGUUCCAGCGCCAGUACAAGCUGGUGCGUCUGAGCGGCGAGGCCGGCUUGGUGCAGCAGUGGAAGCACUACCAGCAGCUGAGCUUCCUGCAGGGCUGCUGCGAGCCAGAGGAGGGCGCCGACGAGACGCCGCCCUCCCCGCCCGCAGAGGAGAACUGGCUCCCUCCCACCUCACCUGGACUCAGCAUAUCCUUCCUCCACUCCUCUUGCUCAGGCGGCGCCGUUGGCAGGAGCUUCUGGACGGAGGAGAGGGAGCGGGAGCUCAUCGCGUUCUACGCAGAGCACAGCUGUCUGUGGAACAGGAAGUCUGAGAAUCACAACAACCGACAACUCAGACAAAAUCUCCUGGAGUCCCUCAGGAUCCGCCUCUCGGACCAGCUGGUUCUGUUUUCUGUGGAAGACGUAAAAUCCAAGUUCAAGAACCUCCGGACAGUUUUUAACCGGGAAUUCAAGGCGGUCCAGGCGAGCAGAACCUCGGACCAGCCCUACGUGUCCAAGUGGAAGCACUUCCACCAGAUGCUCUUCCUCUGCGAGUCGUUUGAGGAAGACGAGUUUCCUGACGGCCCGCAUGAGGGAAGCCGGACUUCCUGCUCCGCCCAACGCGGCGUUUCCGCCUCCUCCAUCGACGCCUGCAGCAUAAAGACGGAGAGCAACUCCAUCACCUGCUCCGCCUUCCAGGUGUUCCCUGCAGCUCCAGACCAGACCGAGCUAAUGGAUCCCAGAGCGCCGUCCGGAUCGCCGCCGGACAGGAAGCCCGUUCGGGUUCUGGUUCCGGUUGACGACAGGGCGGGCGGCGAGUCGCGCUGCCUGUGGAGCGAAGCCAAAGUUCAGCAGCUCAUCUCGUUUUACGCCGCUUGUGCCUGUGUUCCAGAGCACAGCUGCCUGUGGAACCACCGGGUCGACAGCUUCCGGAACCGGCUGCUGCGGCAGAGCCUGCUGGAGACGCUGAGCGGCCUGCUGUCCGCCGGGGAGCCCGUCCCGUUCACAGUGGAAGACAUCAAGACGAAGUUCAGGAACCUGCGGACCAUCUUCCAGCGGGAGCACAAGGCGGUGAGCGCCAACAGAACCUGCGGCUCCGAGGAUUUCUACCUGCCCAAGUGGAGGCACUACCUGGACCUGCUGUUCCUCUGCGACUCCGACGGCGACGAGGCCUCCGCCCAGAUCGGGCCGGCCUCCGCCCAGAACCCGCCCGUCCUGCCGUCACCGACCCCCCCGGACUCCUGGCUCUCCUGCUCUUCCUCCUCCUCAUCCUCGUCUUCGACCCGCAGCAGGAAGCGAGCGGGUCGGCCGGCGGCGGCGCCGAGGAGCGGGCGCCGCGGCGAGGCGCCGCACGCCGGCUUCCUGAAGUACGUGGAGGAAUGUCUGAACGAGGCGCCGCCGCACAAAGUGAAGAAGAUGAAGAAGAAGAUCAUCGAGACGAUCCACAGCCUGGAGGAGGACGGAUGAAAAACACUUGAAAAAAUACUUUAGAGUUUACAGCAAAGUACUGGGGCCACUAAGAAUAUAAAAAUAAAAUGUGAAUAAUUUAUUUAAAAUA